GCUGUUGCUGGUGCAGACGAUGAUGCUGCGAUGUGGACGAUGUGAAGUGUUCACUUCGUCGCACGACCUCAGUGAAAUGUUCCUCGUCGAGCGGGACGUCAUCUCUGCGCUGCAGAAAUACCUCGUCAAGGCAGAGAUUCGUCUGGGGCGAAUACGAAGAUACAUCCAGGAGUAUGAGGCGGUGAAAGCGGACGCUGGGUGGACGGGCUUAGAUGGCCCGCCGUCCCUCGUCGCCCACGGGCUGGCGAAUUUCGUGGAGGACAACGAGGGACGGGAGGACGACGCUUCGUCGUCCAUCGACGUCCCUACGUCGUCCAUUGACGUCCCUACGUCGUCCAUGGACGUCUCGAAGACGACAUCUUCGUCACGGGGACGUGUGGGGGUGGAUAAACUUGCGGGUAACCCACUACACGCCUUCCACCUCAUGAAGAGGAUGACGGUUUACUGGAAGCACAUCGACGAGGAUGUCGUCCGGGAGGAGUGGGCUGGUGGGUGGAGUGGGCUGGUGGGUGGAGUGGGCUGGUGGGUGGAGUGGGCUGGUGGGUGGAGUGGGCUGGUGGGUGGAGUGGGCUGGUGGGUGGAGUGGGCUGGUGGGUGGAGUGGGCUGGUGGGUGGAGUGGGCUGGUGGGUGGAGUGGGCUGGUGGGUGGAGUGGGCUGGUGGGUGGAGUGGGCUGGUGGGUGGAGUGGGCUGGUGGGUGGAGUGGGCUGGUGGGUGGAGUGGGCUGGUGGGUGGAGUGGGCUGGUGGGUGGAGUGGGCUGGUGGGUGGAGUGGGCUGGUGGGUGGAGUGGGCUGGUGGGUGGAGUGGGCUGGUGGGUGGAGUGGGCUGGGUCGGGUUAAGGGCUGUCUCUUAUACACAUCUAGAUGUGUAUAAGAGACAGUCGCAAGACUGCGUGUAUCUCGGCAAGCACGCGUACAACCUCGGCCUCCUGCAGCAGGCGGUCGACUGGUUCACAGAGGCGCGUCUGUUGGCUGACAGAGAACACAACCACACCGUGACCCUGGAGCAAGUUGACCAGUUCCUCGCUGCCGCUGUCGAUGCUCUUGAAAAGUCCCUGAUGGUUGAAGCAACCCCGAAUCAGCCAGAAGAGAACAGUCCUCCCAACAGCAACUUUAAAGAAAACGGAUCCGAUGUCCUCUUGAAAGAAAAUGAACAAAGUUUAUGGCAAACUAAAGAAAACAUUCAGUCUGCGGAAGAGCUCGCCCCCGGAUUCCAAUAUUUUGGACCUCAUUUGGACGAGCAGAAUUUUUUUGCCCUCUGCAGAGGAGAAAAAAUUCUUCCGCCCGAGGCAGAGCGACUGCUCACCUGCCACUACGGCGCCCCCGAGGGGCCCAGCGCCCCCCUCGCCCCCUCCCUCACCCUCUCGCCCCCCAAGGUGGAGGUUCAUCACCGCGGCCCGUCCCGCCUCGUCACCUUCCAUGACGUCAUCUCCGACACUGAAAUAUUGCAAAUUCAACGUCUGGCAGACCCCAUUCUGUCGCGGGCGAUGGUGCAGGGGCUGGAGGGCAAAGGUAACACCAUCAGCGACACGCGAACCUCUAAGUUGAAGAAUAUUGACCCACGGGAGCUAGAGAUGGGCGACCGCCUCGCCACAUUCAUGUUCUACCUGAGCGACGUGGGGGUGGGGGGGGCGACAGCGUUCCCCCGCCUGGGGGUGGCGGUGCCCCCACGCCGGGGGUCUGCCGCCUUCUGGUACAACCUGGCCACGUCUGGAGCACCGGACGAGAGCACGCUCCAUGGGGCCUGUCCUGUGGUGCUCGGCUCCAAGUGGGGUGAGUGGGCUCCAAGUGGGACCGUGCAGACGCUGGACGUGUGCAGACCUUGCAGACGCUGGACGUGUGCAGACCUUGCAGACGCUGGACGUGUGCAGACCGUGCAGAUGCUGGACGUGUGCAGACCGUGCAGACGUUGGACGUGUGCAGACCGUGCAGACACUGGACGUGUGCAGACCGUGCAGACCGUGCAGACCGUGCAGACCGUGCAGACCGUGCAGACCGUGCAGACGGUCUAG